AUGUCGGAGAGACACGUCCGCAUCUGGGAGCUCCUGAACGAAGCGACGGACGUCUUCGGAUGGCCGAUCCUCCUCGCCGUGGCGAUGGCGUUUUGCAUGGGCUUCUCCCAGCUCUACUGCAUCCUGUGUCACUUACUCGGGGAUCAUCCGAGGAGAUCUUGGCUCAUCGUCCUUCGGAGCCUCUCGGUCGUUUCCACGCUCGCCCGUUUCUUCGCCCUUCUCGAGAUCGCUCAUCGGCUUCUUCGAACCGCGGAGGAAUUGAAAUCGGAACUGGCGAAGCUCCAGCUUUUCCAUCGGGAUUCUUCUGGCCUUCGGGAUUUAUUGAUGACGGUGAAGGACCUUCCCGUUCGAAUCUCUGUUGCCGGAUUUUUUUACCUUCAUCGAUCUCUCGUCAUCUUGUUCGCCAACUCCAUUCUGACCUAUUUGGUGAUCCUGCUGCAGUUCGCUGACCCAAAGGAUCAAAUGAGAAGCGAAUCGACGCCGGCUCCUGGAGAACAGACUCCCGGGCGAUGAGUGGAAGCCUCAGAGUUUCCUCUGGGGAAAUCGCAUGGGAAACAGAACAUUCGGAAUUUCCCGCGAAGUGCUUUUCCUUGCGU